UUUGUCCUCUUUUGAUCGUGAACACGCAGGGUGUUUUGCUGGUCGUUCCUUCUUGUGCGCUCCCUGCCGUGCGUAGAGUCGGCUUUGGAAGGUUGGGCUCCUCAGCAUUCGGGGAAGUGCCGCGGACAUUCCGGGUGACCUUGGCGAAAGAAUGAGUGUGGACUGGGUUGGCUAUGGCUAUGCAGCACUGGUUGCUUCAGGAGGAAUAGUUGGCUAUGCAAAAGCAGGUAGUGUUCCAUCACUAGCUGCUGGUCUCCUCUUUGGUGGUUUAGCAGGCGUAGGUGCUUAUCAACAGUCUCAGGAUGCAAAGAAUGUUUGGCUUUCUCUGAUUGCAUCUGGAACUUUGACUGCUGUGAUGGGAAUGAGAUUCUAUAACUCCCGAAAAUUCAUGCCUGCAGGAUUAAUUGCUGGUGCCAGUCUGUUAAUGGUGGGGAAGCUUGGAUUACAGCUGAUGGAGAAGCCCCUUCAGCCAUAAUUGUGGAUCAGGCAAGAAGCAGAUAAAACACCUGAAGAGACAGCUUUCUGAACAAUACUUGAAGGAAGAAAGCAACAAAAAAUCUGUUUUAUUCACUUGAUACUGAAAUUCUUGAUAUUUUUUUAAAAGCAUAGCAUCUGCAAGGAUGCCAAUUACAAAAGCAUCAGCAUAACCAAGAUAGCAUCUGUAUUGGUAUAUUGCUGUAUAACGUCAACUAGCUACAGAAUCAGGUCUUUCACUUUUCACUAUUUACACAUGCAUACAUUUCUUCCCAUAGCUCUGAGUACUUUAAGAUAACAGAUGGGAGAAAGUGAUGGUCACAGCCAAUGCCAUUACAUUACUACGCUAUUCCUUUCCCAGCUUAUAAGUUUGUCUUGUCAAGCUGAAAAUGGGGGAGGGGGGGCAUUCUGUAUACAGAUUUUUUGUACUCAUUUGUAUCUAUGCUUAGGGGACUGCAAUCCAGGCUGAAGGGCUUAAGAAAAAUAGCUUUUUGGAAUCAUGUUUUGUUAUUCUCUCUUUAAAAAUUGGGCAAUAUUUUGCUAAAUCUCUGUAGCAAGUCAUAAUAGACAAUUGGUCAUUGGAGUAACGACUUAUUAAUAAAAAUGUAAUCUCUCGGA